AUCGAUAAAAACAUUUGUCUUCAUACUGACUACAUGCAUAUUCUGGUUUUCUUUUAUUCAAACUAGUAGUCUAUAGCGGAAACUGACUGCUGAAGAUCCAAACUGCUAGAAUGGUUACCUUUUCUAUUUUCAUUUUAGGGAAACCAGUAUAACGGAUAAUAUUGUCAAUUUAUAAACGAUUUGUUCAAGACCAUCAAUCUACUCCGACCAGCACUCUUCGCCUUUCAGCACUAAGUAUGCGAACAGCACCCGCUUAGUUCUCUGAAAUAGCCUACAGCGCUAGUGGGACAGAACCCAGUGGUCGCCACUGCAGUCAGAUGCGUAGCCUGAUUUGCCUUCCGUGGACCUAACGGACAGAUCUUUGAGAAAGAUUGAUGCAGUAGGAGCUUUUUUUAAUAGACGAAAUACUUUCAGCAAUGAAUAGGCUACUAAGCAAAAUUAAAACAUUGAAAAAACGUCAAAUAAAUUGGAUCCCCGGAAAAGAAUAGCCAACCUACUUUGAAGACUUAUUCCACAUGCUUUUCACGGAAAAUGAAACAGAAUUUUUUAUUUUAUUGCAGAACUUUUAAAUUGGAAUUCCCAAUCAACACUAAGGUUACAUCCAGUAAGGAAUGUUGAUCCAAGUGACCUGAGCAUUUCAAGGAUGUCUUGGAACCUGUCCUUCCUGCCGUCAACAGUGUCUCCGGGGCUCCCCGUCGCCAACUCCUCCCAGUUCCCGUCACUCACGGAAUGGGAGGCACCCACUUUUACCCGUGCCGCCCAAUUCCGUGUCAGCGCCACCUUUGUCCUCUUCCUGUUUGCUGCCUGCAGUAACCUUGCCCUAUUGGUCAGUGUGUGCCGAGGGCGUGGCCGGAGGCUGGCCUCCCACCUGCGCCCGCUAAUCGUUAGCCUGGCCACAGCAGACCUGAUGAUGACGUUUGUGGUGAUGCCGUUGGAUGCCAUCUGGAACAUAACAGUGCAGUGGUACGGCGGGGACGUCAUGUGUAAACUGCUCUGCUUCCUCAAGCUGUUUGCCAUGCACUCAUCUGCGUUCAUACUGGUGGUGAUCAGCCUGGAUAGGCAUCACGCCAUCCUGCACCCCUUAGACUCACUCAACUCCCACCAUAGGAACAAGAGGAUGCUGGGAUUGGCUUGGAGUCUGAGUCUGCUGCUGGCCUCCCCACAGCUGUUUAUCUUCCGCGCCAUCAAGGCAGAAGGCGUGGACUUCACCCAGUGUGUGACCCAUGGCAGUUUCCAAGAGCGAUGGCAGGAGACAGUCUACAACAUGUUUCACUUCGUCACCCUCUAUGUGUUCCCUCUGCUGGUAAUGAGUUGCUGCUACACCCGGAUCCUCAUCGAGAUCAACCGGCAACACCACAAGAACAAAGCUGGGGAAUCUUGCCUUAGACGCAGUGGAACAGACAUGAUCCCCAAGGCCCGUAUGAAGACACUCAAGAUGACCAUCAUCAUCGUGGUAUCCUUCACCGUCUGCUGGACACCCUACUACUUGCUGGGCAUCUGGUACUGGUUCCAACCCAUGAUGCUGCAGGUCACGCCGGAAUACGUGCACCACGCCUUGUUUGUCUUCGGCAACCUGAACACAUGCUGCGACCCAGUCAUCUAUGGUUUUUACACGCCUUCUUUCAGAGCUGACCUGGCUACGUGCUGGUGCUCCAAGAGGACCAGGGACUCGGCUGCUUCUCCCAGGUCUUUGGACCGCCUGUCCGCCCGGCAGGGACCCCAUAGUGGGGAGCACGACUCAGACGGCCCCAGUGGGGACCAGACCCGAGGCACUGCAGGGUAGUUUCAUCUUCUCGCACCCGAUGAGUUUGGGUUUAAGCCUUGAAGUACAGUGGAAAUACGUUUGCGUUUUCAGGGCAAUGUAACCAAACCCAUCGUGUGAUAUGUGGACAGAGCAUCAAUAUAAUACGUUUGGCAUUUGUGUAAAGUGUUGGAGAAUUGAAUGAAACAACUGAAAAUCCUGGGUACCACCAUUGUGGAGACAAACUACACAAUGGAGAGUGAAACUCCUAUUCCUCCAUACUGUAGGGUCUAGUUCAAUAGGCAGUAGCUGAGAGCUUUGAGUCUCAUGGUGGCCAUCAUCACUUCCAAAGUAAAUCGCUCAACUGAGAAGGUGCUGUAAUUUAUCAUUAGAAUUCCAGAGCCAUUUGACUCACCUUUCUGUCUUUAGGUGGAAUCUGAUAACUUAAAUCGCAGAAACAGCCAAUUGGAGUGUUUGAGAACAUCCGUCAGGUCAAUAAGACUGUGCCCUACAAACAAAGGUGACUUUUAGACACCAGUAUAUCUUCACAGCUGCAUUAAGGGGGUUCUGUACAUUGGACACAAUCUAUUUUCACUGUCUUUGAACAUUAAAUUAUUAAACUGUAAUUAGUUGCAGAAUUUAACAUUCUGGUCCAAUUAUCGUAAAAUAUAGUUUUUUUUUACCAGCAGAUCCGCCUCUUCCACCAAUUACAGUACCACCACCUCUCCUGGCUGUGUGACUUUACACACCAUUUCCCCACAGAUUGCUUUUCCAUGCAGCUAUGGGCAUUGUGUAAACGCAUCACUACAUUUAUAAAAUGUCACUUGCACUCUGUAGUGAGGAUUCAUAUAGAACUGUCCGUUCAAUCAGGACGUUCAUCACUGAUAACCAAAGUGCAGAACUAUUGAAUUGAUAGCAGGACUUUAUUUUACACUUCAUUUUCAACCUGUAUUGAAAUGUAAAAAACCUUUACUGCUAAGACCAUAGUGUGGUCAUCAUUGGUGUACUUUCAGAGGCCUCCCCAAAUACUUGAUAUCCAGCUGCUGUACUGUAUAUCUUAUGUUUGGUAAGUGCAUGUUUGGUAUCAAAUUCAAGUGUGUUUGUAAGUCAACAACUUGUCAAUGGUGGAUCGUUAACUAAGUGUAAUCCAAUGAAAUAUGACAGAAAGGUUUAACUGAAGCUGAAUUAAACUUGAAUUGUUAUGCAGCAAUUAUAUUACAUUUAUAAAUCAGUUAAAUACUAAGCAAGGGAGUCACAAAGAUUCAGCACAUGAAGGAAACUACCAGGCGUUAAGUAUAGUGUAUAUCUUCGGGGUGUAUAUUUUCACCCUCUGAUACAGGACAAUGUCAUCAUUUGCUCAGAGCUAUGAAUUUCAUUUAGAAUUAUUGCAUUCCCUCAAGAGCUUUGCAUAUUUCAGCAAAAAAGCUGUUAUAACAUGAUAGAGUGAUAUCUGUAUUCAUAAUCAGACCCGCAAGUUUAAUAUUUUAUUAUUUACACUUGCCAAAUUUAAAUAAAUGUCAAAAAUAUUUUCUUUGUUGCUCUUUUUAAAGUUUUAAGUGACAACCCUGUAUUUAAAUUGAACAUCUACUUUCUCCUGUAAGCAAGACACGCACAACAUAUUAAAUUCGGAACUUACUGUAUCUAAGAAGAUACAUUUCAUCACACAAUGUUUAUGAUACUCUGGUAUUCUAGUAAAAUAUUUCCAUCAAACAAAAAUGUAAUUUGAAUUGUGUAAUGUGUUGUCUGUCUAUCAGUCUGUAUGUCAUGUAAAUGGCUGUCAUAUGUUUUGCUGUUG